AUGGAUUUCAACAUGCAUCGCGUCCGAAAUAAUAACGAGCGGAGUUCAUUUAAAAAUAAAUAUUGCUUUAAUAAACAGUGGCUCCAGACUAAACUAAAUAAACAAACUCUAAUACAAGACUGUCUUUAUGCCAGGGCUUCAGCUCCUCUAAGAGACUAUUACGGACUCACCAUCAAUGAGAAAGAGGUGAUUUUAAAUGUUUGGAACAUAACGCACGGCCCUCACGUUUUUCCACGGCGUUUGAGGUGUCCUCUCCAAGAGUUGGAGCACGAUAAGUCCUUAACAGUAGCCAUAAGCAAUUUCUUCGGAAAGCACGUGCUCCAAUACUCUUUGAGUGUAGCAAAGAAGGACCCGAAGCUGCAGAGUUUACCAUCGAAAAUAUUCCUCUACAUACUGCGGUAUCUGGCAACCAAGGAUAUCUUGAGCUUGGGACAAUCGUCGAAAAUAUUCUUCGAGCUCUGCAAUGGCCAACCUUCGUGGAAGAUGAUCUUCAGCAGACGGAAGGAUAGCAAAAUGGAAACGCCGAAGAGAAAUGUCGUGGCGGAGCAGCAGAGGCGAUUACGCGAUGUGCAAAGUCCGCGAUGUGAUAACAAGCAAAAAAAGAAAGUUGCGUUUUGCACUGUCGAAGAAAGCGGGAAUUCGUUCGCGAAAAUCGGCGAGGACAUUUACACCGAUAUGCGGAAGAAAUUUGAAGAGCAGUUUAGGAGUGCGGAGGAAUCCCUAGGUUUGAAUGUUGAAGUGGAUGGAUCGGAUUUGGGUGCGUUCGAAGUGGCGGAAACGAGGAAAAUAAAACCGAUCAAAAAGGACAAUUUGAAUCUGACCUGUAAUACGGAAUGUGAUAAAAAUUAUUAUAAGGUUCCUCAGACCAGCAAAACGGAGUUCAACAGAAAGUUAUCGGAAUGCGCUUCCAACAAUCCGCAGUUGAAUUGUUUGAGGUUCGAGGAUGAAGUUGUGUCUGAGAAGAAAGGUUUGUGGAAAGGUUUGAAGAGUUCUGUGGUGAAGAGUGAGAAGCGGAAGGUGGUUCUGAAUAAUGUUAAGGUGGAUAAUAGCAGUCAGCAGAGGAUGACGAAAAAUAAUCAGUUGAACGAGGUGAAGCGCGGCGAGAGCGGCUUCAAGCUUAUUAACAAUAUAAAACCUAAAGGUAUACUGAAGAAAAGUAAUGUAAAUAUAUAGUGUAUUCAAUAAAUAUC